AUGCUGGAGCUCCAUCGAGGGCGAUUCGUGACGUGGACGCCGAGCCCGGUGACGGCGCUCGCGACCGCGCGCGGUGGCGCCGUCGUCGCGUGCGCGCGCGAGAGCGGCGCGAUCGAGGUGUACGACGCGCGGGAUUGGCGGUGCGUCGCGCGCGUCCCGGGAGAUGGCGUCGGUGGGACGAGCGCGUUGGCGUGGGUGGAGACGUUUGAGACGGAUGGGGACGGAGGCGGGGCGGCGCGACGGGGACGGAGCGCGUUGGUGAGCGCGUCGUUGGAUGGACGGGUGCGCUCGUGGGAUUUGGAGAGUGGACGGGUGACGAGUGAGGUGGACAGUCACGGUGGGGCGAUUUGGGCGCUCGCGGCGAAGCCGAGAGGGCGGGGGGGGGAGGCGGAGACGGCGCAGUUGUUAGCCGUCGCGUGCGACGACGGAUGCGCGCGAUUGUUAACCAUGGUUGGUGGUGACGGCGUCGGGAGUGGGUUGACGCACAAACGCGCGUUCUUGCGCGUGCAGGGACGGUUGCUGUCGUUGGCGUGGCAUCCGAGCGAGGAGUUGCUCGCGUGCGGGUCGUCGCGAGGCACGGUGCACGUCAUGGAUUGCGUCAACUUUAACGAGAUGCGAAGGAUUUCGGUGUGCAACGUCGCGUACGGCGCUCACGGGAUCUUGAACGCCACGGACGAGAACUGUGUGUGGGCGCUGACGUACUUACCGGACGGGACGCUCGUUUCUGGGGACUCAGACGGCGCGGUCACUUUUUGGGACGCGAAAUUUGGCACCGAGUUGUCGAGGCACCAGCAGCACAAAGCGGACGUUCUCGCGCUCGCGGCGACGCCGAGUGGGAAGAAGGUUUUCGCCUCGGGCGUGGACUCUCAGUUGGCAGAGUUUGAAAAGCUCGAUGAGCACUUGGAGAAGGAAGAGGGAUACAAUCAAUGGACGUACACGACGAGCAAGCGGCCUCAUACGCACGACGUGCGAGCGCUCGUCAUGGCGGCGACGAGUUCGGCGGACGAGGAUGGGAUCCUGAUAUCGGGUGGUAACGAUGCGCAGUUAUUAGCGUAUAACGCGGGUUUAUUCAGAAAGCAGCACCCGGUUCGCGUGGUGAGUGUGCCGCAGAGGACGCCAAUUUCAAUCACCGGCGUCGGCGGACCCAAUCCGCCCUUGUUACUCGCUGAACACGCGCAGUGGCUCGACGUGUGGCGAAUCGGUGAGAGUCGUAAGCGCGCUGAUAAGAGAGAGGGCACGAUGAAACUCGCUGCCGCGCCGGCGCACGUCCUACGCGCGGAACUGGCCGGGACUCGGCACGUGUUGUGCUCGGCAAUUUCUCCGAACGGUAAAAUGAUCGCAGUGAGCGACGUUCAGACCCUUCGCUUGUUUGAAAUUCAGUCACCGAAGGACGAUAAUGAUGACAUGACGUGGAGUAUAACACGUCAAGAUCCUCCAGCUGGGGUGACGUCGGCGCGACUUCUCGCGUUUGCUCCGGACGGCAAGCACCUCGCCGCUGUGUCUCACGCUGGUGCGGUGAACAUCAUCGACCUCGAGUCCUGGACACUGUGCGACGUGCUGAAGUCGCACUUGCCCAAGCACACUGCGGCUGCAACGGCGCUUGCCGCGGCGAUUCGUCACACGGGUGAAGGAGACGACGUGGUCACGGUGAAGGACAUCGCCGUGCCCGUGGUGAACCACGUGCAAGUGAGCGGCGAUAACCAAUGGCUCGUUGUCGUCACCGCGCGCGGAGCGAACGAGACCGACCGCGCCGUCGAUGGAUUAACACAGACCAUUGGUGGUGGUGUGCACGUGUACAACUUCGAUACAAUGAAGCUUCACGUGUCGUUGCCGCCGCCGAAGACUCACUCAUCCUGGCCUCCGAUUUCUGCCGUCGCCAUCAGCUCUGGGGGUGUCUUAGCUCUUGCCGGUCCCUCCAAUGCGCUAUUCACGUAUGACAUCGAUCAAGUGAAGCCGACGAAGUGGAGUGCGGCGUUGUUCGAAGCUGGCGUCGACGCACCCACGGCGCUGCGUGAGAUGCCUGGACAGAUUUGCGGCUUGAGCUUUGAUCCCAAAUCGAAGAAAUCUGUAUUGCUGGCGCACACGCCCACAGCGAUCGCGCGUGUCGAUUUAAGCGCUAAGAUUACUGACGAUGCGACGUCGACAAACAAGAAAAAGCGACGCAGGGAGCGUGAACGUGGUGCGCCCGAAAAUUAUGCCACUGCGGAUGCUCCGGGAGGUAUUCGUGUCGUCAAGCUCGAUAACCCGUGCCUGUACUUGGGCUACGCCGGCGUAAAUAAGGCGCUGCUUAUCGAGCGACCAUGGGCGGAUGUGCUGAAGUCGAUGGCACAACCAUUGUACAGACACAGAUUCGGGACGUGA